GGCUGUCGGUUAAACAGUCUACAAAUGCUGCGGAACAAGAAAACACUUUUCGUGAAACCCACAAAGACCGUAGUUACGGAAAUCACGUGAAGUGUGAAUGCUUUAAACCGCCACACUUCACGAAUAUGUAAGUCUGGCAGAUACAACAGCUUACAAUUGUUGCCUCUUGCAGCCUCUUUGGCUCUACCAUUAUCCCCACACAUCUUCUCUUUAUCACUGGCAAACUUUCGCGAGAAUACUUGUGAAAACGACUUUUUUUAUACUCAACAAACAUUUUUACAUCGCACGCAAACCUGAAGAUCUUUUUUUCUAUUUUCUAUUUUCUCCCAGUCCUUUCUUCCUUUUCACUGAGUGAUUUUGCAGUUCUUCUGACAACAGGAAAAACUGCGAGAAAUGUCAAAUAGAGAUGAGACGCACCUUAUGUUUCCAGGCACCUGUUUCAUCGCAAAUGUUGAGGGAAACUACCAGAUGUACAAUAUUCAUCCCUCCUCCACUCUAACCCUCCCUUUCUGCCAAUCAAAUGUCAGUUUGACAACACUAAAUGUGGAUAAUUGAAGCAAAAUGUAAUGAAGUAGUUUAUGUAACUGCUCCACUCAGAUCACCCGCCAAUCCACCACCACCCGACUCCCACUCCCAUUUAUCUCUCGUCGUUCAUCGCGUAGGAGAAGGGAAUGCCCCCAACAACAGCAACGUGACUGCUGCCAGCCAAUGAGAAGGCGGCACAAGUCAUCGCGCCCUGCUGCGACCAAUGGGACCGCUCGUGGGGCGAUGAAGAAAAAAAAAGAAGAAUAGGAUCCGUUUCGCGACCCGUGCGCCCGCCGGGCAGUUCGCAUCCCCGCCACGCGCCGCCGCGCGACAGAGUUUUUCUGGCAGGUUGUGUGUUGUACGAACCCUCGCCAACAGCUUUCGCCGAGUGUGUCGACAUCGUCUCGUCAAGGCUUCUCUCUCUCCCUCCUUCUACACUUUCGUCGUCAGCUGCGAUCCUCUCUCACAUGCGAGCAAUACCUCUCCAGCCCGGCACGGCUGCUCUAAAAAGAAAAAAAGAAAAAUGAAAGAGAACACCUAGGUCAAGGAAUGGACGGACGUACGCGCUGACGACCCAAACAUGCACGCACGCAAGCACAAACACAGGGAACCCUGUACGUGAUGAUGUGAAAAAAGUCCCGUGCGGGGAUUUGAUCAGGAAAUAAACACGCAGAGAGAGGGGGGAGAGAGAGAGAAAAAGAAAGAAAGAAAGAAAAGCUUGGAGUGGUGUUUCCAUCAAGGUUCGGCAGAGUUUGUCUGCUUGGCGUGGAGUGUAUGGCAGAGUCCUGGUGGGGAUUACCUGCGCAGAAGCACUAUUGUUGCUGCUACCAUGUUUUCUUGAGAAAAGAUGGAAUGUCAUCGUUGGAUUGGGGCGAGACAGUGGAUUAUUAUAUUUCUUCUCCUCGCCGUCUCUCUCAGCCGACUAGCACCUGUUUGUGCGACGUGGAUGUACCUGGGAGUGGCCUCCCUUGCAGGAUCAGCUCCGGAGACGGUGUGUAGCGAGGUUCCGGGCCUGGUGCUCGCGCAGCAGGAAGUGUGUCAGAAGAACCCCGAGUCUCUCUUCUGCAUCAGCGAGGGGGCGCGGCGGGGCAUCCUCGAGUGUCAGCAGCAGUUCAAGUAUGAACGGUGGAACUGCACCACCAGCACCAACCAGAAAGUCUUCGGACCCGUUCUGAAAAAAGGCACGAAGGAGACAGCCUUCAUCUACGCCAUCCUCAGUGCCGGAGUAGUUCAUUCUGUGACGCAAGCGUGCUCUGCCGGAAACCUGACUGACUGCUCGUGCGACAUGUCGCGAUACGGCGAGGCUGACGUGGAGGGCUGGAAGUGGGGCGGCUGCAGCGACAACGUGCAGUACGGACUGUGGUUCGCCAAAAACUUCGUCGACGCCCCCGAGACCAUCCGCCACCAGGACAGCCGCAACAUCCGCAACCUUAUGAACUUGCACAACAACGAGGUGGGCAGGAGGGCCGUGGAAAACUUGAUGCGCCUGCGCUGUCGCUGCCACGGCGUUUCCGGUUCCUGUGCGGUGAAGACGUGCUGGCGAGGGCUGCCGUCGUUCCACGAGGUGGGGCAGGCCCUGAAGGACUCUUACGAGAAGUCGGUGCGCCUGGCCCGCCGCUCGCCCAACCAGCUGCGACGCAAGGAGAAGUCCAAACGCCGCGUGCCGAUCUCCUACGAGGAGUUGGUGUACGUCCAUCGGUCGCCCAACUACUGCCGCCACAACCCCAAGCGCGGCAUCCUGGGUACGCACGGCCGGGUGUGCAACCGCACGUCGCACGGCUCGGACAGUUGCGACCUGCUGUGCUGCGGACGGGGCUACAACACGCAGGUGGUGCGCUACGUGGAACGGUGUCACUGCAAGUUCCACUGGUGCUGCUACGUGGAGUGUAAGACGUGCGAGACCAUGGUGGACUUCCACACGUGCAAAUAGGACGGCGUGCGAACACGCUCACGUGCAGAUAAGACGACGUGCGAAUAACCUCCCUUGAGGAGAAGACGACGUGCAAAUAACCUCGGGUGGCGACUAGGAGGGUGUGGCGAGAAGUUCACGUGCAACUAAGACGGCGUAAGGCGUGACCAUCGUCUUUGACGUCCACGUCACCGUCACGUUGACCGCGCGAGGUCUCAGGCAUUCAACAAGUUAAAAGAAAUAUAAAAAAGUACCAGAGAAUACACAAGUGCAAGUACGUGGUCACGUCACGUGAUCUAAUCGAUGGUCAGUGAGAUUAUUGACAUUGAGUAACCCUUCCCUAGCACCACCAUCCACAACAACCCACCAACCAGGGUUCAUUGGGUGGCGGGUCACACAGUUCUAUUUGUCUCAAAUUUUUAAAAAUUUAGUUCAGUUUCCUUGACCUGAAGUAUAUAGUUUUCUCAGCAGGUCUUCAAUUCGUCCAUCAGAGCUACACCCCUUUCCUCCGUGCUCUUCAAAUCCGCUACGUAAGUAUAUUCAACGAGAUUGACCUCCUCUACAAAAGGUUCAAACUUCAAAAAGGAUGGGUAGUGGAGUGGUGGUGUGCGAGGGGGAGGAUUCAAUUCCAAGAGAAACAAACACAAAAAAAUGUUUUAGGUGGAUUCUUCACAACAUCGCUCAUGGCAACCCAAAAUAAACACACAAAACCCCAAGAAAUACAAACAUCCACACCAGACUUUCUAUACGUAAGGACGAGAGAUGUUACACCCACCUCAGACAAAAGAAAGCAGAGCAUGCGAAGAACGAGUGGCCUAGAUAGGCGAGCCCGAGGCGAGGCAUAACUCACACCAGAAGACAGACUUACGAGCACGGCUUACACAGAGGCUGCAGUUUAUGGGGCAGCCAUGAUGAGGCGGCUGCCUUUGAUCUGCGUCAUUACAGGUGCAUUGUCGUGCCUUUUUCUCACACUCCGCUGCUGCAGUCAUUUAGUUACCAUUUUUUUGAAGUAGAAGAAGAAAAAGACUUGAAAAGCAGGGCCUGGUGCAGUUUCCCCCUUUUCUUGACUCGCCGACAAGGCCGUAGUAUGCAAACUGGUACCCAGGGUGAAAAUGGUACCGAGGGUGAAUAUGGUACCCAGGGUGCCUGUAUCACGGAGUCCCUGCGAAGUGUAGAGCUGGAGUGGACAGCUGGACAACGGGGGCACUAAAUGACAAAAUACCAAUGGUAGCCUCUUAGAAGCUCCUCGGUCUUGCUGUCUCCUGUUCACUGGAUUUACAAGAAAAGGACUCAAUUGUAGUUUUCAGACAUUCACUGUCACUGAUAGCUGUGUAACUGCUACUCCCUCUAGUUUCCCCAGUGUAUGUGUGUUGCAGAACAUCUCACAAGAUAAUCUGAUAAUGAAAAAAGAUAAUGUGUUAUACACCUUUAAUACCCUGAAUAAUCUUUUAAUCUAUAAUCACUUUUUUCAACAACUUCCGUUAAAAAAAAAACUUAGUCAUCUUCGAUUUAAAAUUCUAGUAGCUUAUUUAUAUUAUAAACAAAUAUGUGAAACAUAUAUACAUACAUUUUUGCAAUAAGCAGUAAAAUGUUUAGUUUGUAAUACAGCUGUAACUAUCCAAUUCAGAAAAAAAUUAAGUAUAGCAUAGGAGAAGUCAUGUUGAAGAAGUAACAAAUUUUAUAAAAUCGCCAGAAAGUAGGGAGGGACCCUCACAAAAAGGUGCAAGACAAAAAAAGUGAAAGGUAUUUGUCAAAUAUAUACGUUCAGCCCACCCCCAACACAAUGGUGGUGAAAGUUAAUGUAUGUUUGUGCAAGGCUGUCUAAGUGAACAUUUCAUGUGAGUGAUUGCUUGCAUACAGGUGUGUAUGCAGGUGUGUGCCUAGGUCAGCGCGCGAUUGAGCUUCAUAAUGAAAUAAUGUAGCAUUUUUAAUAGCUGAAAUCUCGUUUCCCGCUUUCUUGGCUCGGUCCUUCACGAAGUAGCCAAACUGUCCUUUCUUUUGAUAUUUUUUAUCGCCAGUCAUUUAACUAUGCAACAGCCAGCGGAGGAAUACCACACGGAGGGGAAAGUUUUUUCCUCUUUCAUUCCGAUUAAUUUGCCAGUCCGUGCUGCUUCUAAUGUCACCUGCUGUGACUAUGAGGCCCUGCACAGGAUGACUGUCAUGUGACUCCUGCUAUGACGUAAUCCAAGAGGACACAUUGUGAGUCCUUUUUUGAACAAAUUGACUCACCUGUGAGCAAUAAUCUAAAAUCUCUCUUAAAAAACGUUUUGUGCAGACCCACAGAAUUGUCAACGAUUUAGCGAUCGUGAGGGGGGGAAUAAAGGGGAACAAAAGUACAAGAGGAAAUGUGCUUCAUCACGAAACGUGUUUCAACGUGAAACGUGCUUCAACACAAAACAUGUUUCAAAGUGAAACGUGGUUGUUGUAAGAUCAGCGAGUAGCUCUGUCUUUACAGAUGGCUGCAGAUGCAUUUGUAAUUCUGAAGGACAAAAGUCGUCUGGACCAUAAUGACCACAAACCUCCGAUUCAGUUUUAUUGUCGUCUUUGCAGUCACGCUUUUCUUUUGAUGACGAAAGCGUUGAUGUAUGUAUGUUUUUUUGCAUUUACACUGUGGUUUGUAAGGAAACGUGUUCUGACUGGUUAAGUAUUGUAAAUAGCUUUAGUUUUAGGCUGCCUGUUAAGCCUCAGUGCCCAAAGGUGGCACACACGGGUAGAAAGUGGUCGAAAUGAACAAAAAAUGUUUUUUUGCUGGUGCAACAGCGGCAGACGAUGGAUGGACCUCGAUGGACGAGUCCAAGUCUUCGCGAAGUGAACCAGAGACUGUCCUCUUAAAGAGGGCAAUGAUGCUGUGUGGAAAGCUUUGCUGUUGUGGUGGGUGUUGAUGGCGUUGUCACUCUCUCCCACAGAGAAAGCAGAUAUAUAGUAAAUCACACACUGUCUAGUUUUGUCACGAAUGCUCGAUUUGAUCAAUAUUAUCAACUGAUGUAUAAUCGUCAAUUAUUUAUCUUGGAAAUGUCGGUGGUUUCAUCAGGGCGAUAUUUCGUGUGUAUCGGAACUUGGAGUUAAUGUACCUUGCAAGUACCAAUUCAAAAAGAAUUUCAGAACUGUUCGCGACACCCUGAACUCUCUGAUGACUUCGUCCUUUGGCCAUACUUGGCUCUGAUCUGAAUUUUUAGUGGCUUGUUACAACUCCCCAAACCCUGCUUUUCAAUUCAAAAACCGUUUCAUGGAAUGAUUCCUGAGAUCAGCACAUUUACAUGCAGCAGGUGAACCACUCCUUCGAUUUCGUCUCUGAGUGUGAUAAAGAUUUUAGUUAUAUAAAGCUUCCUCUGUUUUUGUUAUGAUUACAUUCUUAGCCGAAUUGGCUGUUUUAUUUGUCCUAUCUCCAUUCGCAGAGAAUAUAUAUAUAAAGAUAUAAAGCAUGGAUGAAAUAGCUCUUCAGGUUUUCAUGUUAGGACAUUAAUAACUAGAUUAGAAGAAUUUCCAUCAACAGGAGAUAUCCGCCAUCUUGUGAAGUAUGUAUAUAAUUGUUGUUUCAAAUAGCAUUACUAAAUUAAUUCUCUAAACUAGCUCCCGUUAGUCCGUGAACUUCAACCUCUUGUAAUCCACAUUGUCCACACCUGGGGUGGAGCUGUUGCAGCACUGAUGUAACUGUCACUUCUUCGGUAAAGCUUUCUUGUGAUCGGUUUGUCGUCAUCUGUGAUGUUGGUCUUGAUGUGAGUAACAGUGUUUGUCGACUGGGCAACAAGAGCUGGCCUCGUUCUAAGGGCCAUGUUGAGGUCAGGGACGAUGGUUUGAAAUGAAAACGGUUUGCAAGAGGGUUUGUGCGUGAGACAGGAACUGAGCGUGUCCAUAGAGCAGUUGGAGAGCACGUGCUUUUAUUCAGCCAAUCAUGUUCAUCGGAUAUUUCUACGUGUUACAAACUGACAGAGGUGGCAAAAAACAGAAAGAAAGGUUGUGUUUCCUUACCAAACUUUUCUAUUCAAUGGCGUGAAUCUUACUUUUAACUGUCUCCAACCAACUUUAUUUCGAUCUAUUCAGAUCAUAUUCAAAUCGAA